CUCCUCCCGCGGGAGAUGGUCCGGGCCAAGUGGGCGCGUCCGGCCCGGGUCGCCGGGAUCUGGUGUCGGCUGCAGCUGACAGUGCGGCGGACGCGGGCACCGGCACAGCCGCCGGCAGGGCCGGCUAUUAAUAACGCUCCGGGCGAGCCCGGGGUCGGGCAGUCAUGGCCAGUCCGGAACCCCUGCCCGGCGGGGACGGCGCCCGGGCUGCGAGGGAAGCAGGUACAGAGACCAGUUCUCUUCAGGACCCCCAAUCCCCGAAGGAGACCAUGACUGUUAACCCAGAGGCCACUUUAUCUUUGGAGGGGACUGUGAACCUUGAUGACAUUCUCUAUCUGGGGGACUCGGGGGACUUUGAAGAGAGUCUCUACGUGGAAGAGUUUGAGAAGCCGGAGGAGAUGCUAUUUAUCGAAGAAUCUAGGCAGCCAGAGGAGGCUCUGCACCUGGAAGAGCCUGCAAGUCCAGAGGAGACCCGGCUUGUGGAGGAUCCUGUGAAGACAGAGGUACAAUGUUCAGAGAAGCCUGUGGAGCCUGCUAAGAGCCUAAGCCCAGAGCAGACUGCUUGUGAGAGAGAGAUGGUGGUCCUGGAGGAAGGCCUUCCAGCUCCACCGAAUCCCAGCACAGAGGAGGACCUCAGUGGCGAGGACCUGGAGCUGCUGGAAGGCCGAUUCCAGCAGUGUGUACAAGCUGUAUCCCAGCUGGAAGAGGAGAGGGACCAGCUUAUCCACGAGCUUGUGCUGCUCCGGGAACCAGCCCUGCAGGAGGUACAGCAAGUCCACCAGGACAUCCUGGCUGCCUAUAAGCAGCAUGCACAGGCGGAGCUGGAGCGGGAUGGCCUCAGGGAAGAGAUCCGGAUGGUGAAGCAGAAACUGUUCAAGGUGACCAAGGAAUGCGUGGCCUACCAAUACCAGCUGGAGUGCCGCCAGCAGGACGUGGCUCAGUUUGCCGAUUGCAGGGAGGCGCUGAGCACCCAGGCAGCCCAGCUCUCGGGAGAACUGACCCAGCUCCGAGAUGCCUACCAGAAACAGAAGGAGCAGUUGCAGCAACAGCUCGAAGCAUCCCCAACCCAGAGCGACGGGCACUUCCUGCAGGAGAGUCGGAGGCUGUCGACGCAGUUUGAAAACCUCAUGGCCGAGAGCCGCCAGGGCCUUGAAGCGGAGUAUGAACCUCAGCUGCUGCGGCUCCUGGAGAGGAAAGAGGCAGGGACCAAAGCUCUGCAGGACACUCAAGCGGAGAUCCAAAAGAUGAAGGAGGCUCUGAGACCCCUGCAAGCAGAGGCCCGGCAGCUCCACCUUCAGAACAGGAACCUGGAGGACCAGAUCACGCUCGUGAGGCACAAACGCGACGAAGAGGUUCAACAGUACAGGGAGCAGCUGGAGGAGAUGGAGGAGAGACAGAGGCAGUUACGAAGUGGAGUCCAAGUCCAGCAGCAGAAGAACAAGGAGAUGGAGCGGCUGAGGACCAGCCUUGCGGAAGAGCUUUCAACAUAUAAGGCUACGCUACCCAAGAGUCUGGAACAGGCUGAUGGAGCUGAGGCCCAGUCCCAAGGGACUGUUUAGCAAUGUAUGGCCGGAUCUGUGACCCAGAACCAAAGUAUUUAUAACAAAGCACUACUAGAUGGACUUUUCCUUGAACAGCAAAGAGUGCCAGCAGAUGGCCAAGCAAUUCACCCUGUGAAAAUUACACACUGGUUGGCUGGAAACAGAAACCAGCCAAUUUUAUCUGGGUUCUUUGUGGGCUGCUGGUACUGAUUUCAGUGCACUGUGGAAUGGGAAAUACGUCUCUCAGCCUUCAUUGAACACUGGGUAAAUGAUGUAUCACCACAUGUUGCAAUAUGUGAAGAUUAUUUAUUGCUUUGUGCUGACCCAAACCAAGAUUAUUUAAGGGAAAACAGUUGGGGUCAAAAGGCAGCCAAUCUUUGCUAUGUGGAGUCACAACUUGAAUUCCUUUGUACUAUCAGUAUUAGAUUUUAAAUAACCCCUUUCACAAAGCUGUUUUUCCUUAACACCUGCACAUACAUAAUUUACUCUUAAAAGUGGCAACAUAGUCACUUCUAUUUUUUUUUUUUGACACAGGGCCUCACAUACAUGGCCCUGAAAUCACAGUGCUGAGAUUAAAGGCUUGUUAUUUUUAUUUUUUUGAGACAAGGUCUCAAGUAGUCUAGGUGGUUUCUAAUUGAUGUAGGUCAGGAUGACCUUGAAUUCCUGAUCUUGCCUCUAACCCCCCAUCUACUGGGACUACAGGUGUAGUCACCAAGAGUGACCCAAACACCCUCCCCCCCCCUACACCCAGGGUAUCACCAUGUAAUGAUCUGAUGUCUUAGAGGACCUGAAACUCACUGAAGUCCACCUGCCUUUGCCUCCAAGUACUGGGAUUAAGUAUAUUAUACCCGGCUUGAUAAUUUUUACUACACUAAAACAAUGAGAACAAGAAUCACUUUGGAUUUGGAUCCAACACUUCAUUAUUUAGACUUUCCAGACAAUCAAAUGGUUUUGGAGAGUUAUCUAGUCAGUUCAAGCAAAGUCAGUCAUUUUAUCGGGUUAUCAAAUGUGAUAAAGGCGCUCAGACUCUUAAUUACUACUCUUAAAAAAAAAAGCAGGGGUGCUAGGUGUUGGUGGUGGCGCAUAUACCUUUAGUCCCAGCACUUGGGAAGCAGAGGCAGGUGGAUCUCUGUGAGUUCGAGACUGGCCUGGUCUACGAGAGCUGGUUCCAGGACAGCUUCCAAAGCCAGAGAAACCCUGCCUUUGGGGGUGGGGAGAAAAAGCAAAAUAGGGGUCCCAGUGAGAAACACUGGACAAACAAGCUUUCUGUAACGUCUGUAACAGUUCAACCUCCUUCAAAUUUACACUCUGCCUUUUUUUUUUUUGGUUUUUCGAGACAGGGUUUCUCUGUGGCUUUGGAGGCUGUCCUGGAACUCGCUCGGUAGACCAGGCUGGUCUGGAACUCACAGUGAUCCGCCUGCCUCUGCCUCCCGAGUGCUGGGAUUAAAGGCGUGCACCACCAACGCCCGGCUACACUCUGCCUUAAGUUCUCUAUCACACUGCCUUUGACAUCUUGGAAACUUGUGUAACUCUCUAGGGAAGACUUCAAAACUAUGUAAUUUUACCAAGACUAGCUUGUGUACUGUUUGGUAAUGCCUUCACUUUCUCUGGCGGGAGUAAAGUUCUCCUCUUUUUA